GUCAGUUCGAAUUUGGAAUCUUCUCUGGUGUGUAAUACGAAUUUACCGAGUGUUCGAGUGAUAAUUCACUGCGAUUUACUGUGAACGUUUUCCGUACGAUUUAAACACGAGUGUGGUAGAGUGCGACUCUAUUAAAGUUUAAUUGCGAAAUUGUUUUCGAUUUUUUUUUUUUUUAUUUUCUAAACGUCAAUAAUUUACGAAAUGGUUGGCAAAACGGCAAUAGGAAUUGAUUUAGGUACCACAUACUCUUGUGUGGGUGUCUGGCAACACGGAAAAGUGGAGAUCAUCGCUAACGAUCAAGGUAACAGAACCACCCCGAGUUAUGUUGCGUUUACAGACACUGAACGUUUGAUCGGAGACGGGGCCAAGAAUCAAGUGGCUAUGAAUCCUAGCAACACGGUGUUCGAUGCCAAACGUUUGAUCGGCCGUCGGUUCGACGACGAAAAAACGCAGGCGGACAUGAAACACUGGCCGUUCAAAGUGGUCAGCGACUGUGGGAAACCGAAAAUACAAGUUGAAUUUAAAGGUGAACGGAAAAUUUUCGCGCCGGAAGAGAUUAGUUCAAUGGUCCUGUCUAAAAUGAAAGAGACUGCGGAAGCGUAUUUGGGUCGUGAUGUGACGGACGCUGUCAUCACGGUUCCAGCGUAUUUCAACGAUUCGCAAAGACAAGCCACCAAGGACGCUGGCAUCAUAGCCGGCCUGAACGUCAUGAGGAUAAUCAACGAACCGACGGCUGCUGCUUUGGCUUACGGUCUGGACAAAAACCUGAAAGGAGAGAGGAACGUGUUGAUAUUCGAUCUGGGUGGUGGUACGUUUGACGUGUCCGUGUUACAGAUCGACGAGGGCUCGAUAUUCGAAGUGAAGUCCACGGCGGGUGACACGCAUUUGGGCGGCGAAGACUUUGACAAUCGGCUGGUGUCUCAUUUGGCAGAGGAGUUCAAAAGAAAGUUCAAAAAGGACGUAAAGAGCAACCCCAAAGCGUUGAGACGCUUGAGAACCGCCGCUGAACGGGCCAAAAGAACUUUGUCGUCCAGUUCGGAGGCUACCAUCGAGAUUGAUGCUCUGAUGGAAGGAGUCGAUUUCUAUACCAGGGUUUCUCGAGCUCGUUUUGAGGAGCUCUGUGCAGACCUGUUCAGAUCGACGCUACAGCCGGUGGAGAAAGCAUUGGCUGACGCUAAGUUGGACAAAGGAGCCAUACACGAUGUGGUGCUUGUAGGCGGUUCGACGAGAAUUCCAAAGAUCCAGAGUCUUUUGCAAAACUUUUUCUGCGGUAAGCCACUCAACUUGUCCAUAAACCCGGAUGAGGCUGUUGCGUACGGUGCCGCCGUACAGGCGGCUAUUUUGAGUGGUGACACGAGUUCCGCCAUCCAAGACGUGUUGCUCGUGGAUGUCACCCCCCUGUCGCUUGGUAUCGAAACCGCGGGCGGCGUUAUGACUAAAAUCGUUGAUCGAAAUUCCACCAUACCGUGCAAGCAAACGCAGACAUUCACCACGUACGCAGACAACCAGCCGGCCGUUACGAUACAGGUGUUCGAAGGAGAACGGGCCAUGACCAAGGACAACAAUUUGUUGGGAACGUUCGACCUGACCGGCAUACCCCCGGCACCCAGAGGUGUGCCCAAAAUAGACGUGACUUUUGACUUGGACGCUAAUGGUAUUUUGAACGUGUCAGCCAAGGAAAACAGCUCCGGUCGUUCCAAGAACAUUGUUAUCAAAAACGACAAGGGCCGUUUGUCGCAGGCCGAAAUUGAUCGUAUGCUUAGCGAGGCGGAACGGUACAAAGAGGAGGACGAACGGCAAAAAGUGAAAAUCGCAGCAAAGAACCAAUUGGAGAGCUACGUAUUUGGUGUUAAACAAGCGUUGGACGAGGCCGACGGUAAAUUAACCGAAUCCGAGAAGAACGCUUGCAAACAGGAGUGCGACGCGAUCAUCAAGUGGUUGGACAACAAUCAUUUGGCGGACAAAGAAGAAUACGAGUUCAAGCUUAAGGAAAUCCAGAAGAGCUGCUCGGGUAUUAUGAUGAAAUUACACGGUGGACAAGCCGGUGGAGCUCAAAUGCCACCCGGAGGCCAAGGUUUCUCUGGAGCACAUUCCCAAGGACCCACCGUAGAAGAAGUCGAUUAAUUUGAAUGAUAACUAUUUUAUGUUUAAAUCCUUUAUUUUAUUGUAAUGUAUUGUUUAAUAUUUUUUCACGUAUUUAAUAGACUGAUCUUUUUUUUUUUUCCAUUAUGUUAAUAUUUUAUUUUGUUUUCGAGAGAAUAAAAAUUAUUUAUGAAUAGAAAAUAA